UCACUGAGACCCGUCGCCCGGACUCUGCGUGAGACCCACCGCCCCGACUCACCAUGCGUGAAUGCAUCUCAGUACAUGUGGGGCAGGCAGGUGUCCAGAUGGGCAAUGCCUGCUGGGAGCUCUACUGUCUGGAACAUGGGAUUCAGCCUGAUGGUCAGAUGCCCAGUGACAAGACCAUUGGUGGAGGAGAUGACUCCUUCACCACCUUCUUCUGUGAAACUGGAGCUGGAAAGCACGUGCCCCGGGCAGUUUUUGUGGAUUUGGAGCCCACUGUAAUUGAUGAGAUCCGAAAUGGCCCAUACCGGCAGCUCUUCCAUCCAGAGCAGCUCAUCACUGGGAAAGAGGAUGCCGCGAACAACUAUGCCCGUGGUCACUACACCAUUGGCAAGGAGAUCAUCGACCCAGUACUGGACCGGAUCCGCAAGCUGUCUGACCAGUGCACAGGACUUCAGGGCUUCCUGGUCUUCCACAGCUUUGGGGGGGGCACCGGCUCUGGCUUCACCUCCCUCCUGAUGGAGCGGCUCUCUGUUGACUAUGGCAAGAAAUCCAAACUGGAGUUCUCCAUCUACCCAGCCCCCCAGGUGUCCACCGCUGUGGUGGAGCCCUACAACUCCAUCCUGACCACCCACACCACCCUGGAGCACUCAGACUGUGCUUUCAUGGUGGACAAUGAAGCCAUCUAUGACAUCUGCCGCCGAAACCUGGACAUCGAGCGCCCCACCUACACCAACCUCAACCGUCUCAUCAGCCAGAUCGUCUCCUCCAUCACAGCUUCCCUACGUUUUGACGGGGCCCUCAAUGUGGACCUGACAGAGUUCCAGACCAACCUGGUGCCCUACCCGCGCAUCCACUUCCCCCUGGCCACCUACGCGCCAGUCAUCUCUGCAGAGAAGGCAUACCACGAGCAGCUGUCUGUGGCAGAGAUCACCAAUUCCUGCUUCGAGCCUGCCAACCAGAUGGUGAAGUGUGACCCCCGUCACGGCAAGUACAUGGCCUGCUGCCUGCUGUACCGUGGAGAUGUGGUGCCCAAGGAUGUCAAUGCCGCCAUUGCUGCCAUCAAGACCAAGCGCAGUAUUCAGUUUGUGGACUGGUGCCCCACGGGCUUCAAGGUUGGCAUCAACUACCAGCCACCCACUGUGGUGCCCGGCGGUGACCUGGCCAAGGUGCAGCGUGCCGUGUGCAUGCUGAGCAACACGACCGCCAUCGCUGAGGCCUGGGCCCGCCUGGACCACAAGUUUGACCUGAUGUAUGCCAAGAGGGCGUUUGUGCACUGGUAUGUGGGCGAGGGCAUGGAGGAGGGUGAGUUCUCCGAGGCUCGGGAGGACAUGGCGGCCCUGGAGAAGGAUUACGAGGAGGUGGGCAUCGACUCCUACGAGGACGAGGACGAGGGAGAAGAGUAAGAACAGACCAGCUGCCGGAGCCACUCACUAUGUUUAUUGCAAAAUCCUUUCGAAAUAAACAGUCUCCUUGCACGGUU